AUGAGCAGUUUCCCUUUCAUGGUUUUAAGCAUCUUAUGUGCAAUCACUCUUUUCCCGAGUAACGUGCCAUCACAUGAUCUCGGGAACGAACGAAGAUCCAACGAGACCAAGCCGAGCUUCAGGCAAAGUAGCCCCCUUCUACCCCGAUUCCACAAGCAUCGGAUAAAGAAUAACAAGCCAGCAGUUUACACCAAAGAAGCAUCACCCAUAACGUUAACCCAACGUCCAACGAACAGCAGGCGAAUUCGUCUUUUUGGCCGAGUAGGACUGUUUCUUCAUUGUAAUGCAAACGGAACAGUUUCUGGUUCUUUGAAUCGACACAGUUCAUAUGUAAAAUUUGAGCUCCAGUCGUUUGGUCCAAGUAUUGUUCGAAUCCGAAGCAUUGGAACUGGGAAGUUCUUCGCAAUCAAUUCUAAGGGAAUCCUGCAUACAAUCGGAGAAGCAACAGACGAAUGUUUAUUCUAUCAAAACCACGAAGAGAACCUCUUUCUAUCGUUCGCCUCUUUUAAGUAUUACAUGAAAGAACAUUACGACAUGUUUAUCAGUAUAAAACGAAACGGAGAAGUAAAACAAGCUACUUCCACUCUUCCCGGACAGGACAGUAUUCAAUUCAUCGCUCUAAACAGCGACAGCUUGAGAUUGGCUCGACUCCACAAUUGAAUUAUUCUGACAAGCGAACGGAUUGCGAAGCGAUUGGUUUCAAAGAAUUUUGGGCUUCAGUCAAUUUCUUUUCUCCGUGUUACAAGCCGAAAGCGAGGACCUACACGCUCCAACUCGCUCCAGUCUCAGUCGCUAUCUUCUAUCCACGUUUUGUUUGACAAGAUACCGCAAAAACGCGCGCGUUGGUUUUCGGUUUUGCUUUUGAACCAAUGAAAGGGUAUAAUUCGCUCUGAACUCACACCUAACAUUUGAAUUUUUUUUAAAAAUAGGGACGAUUAACGCGACUGAAAUCCUUCUUCCUCAUGUUGUAUGUAUGGUUAAUUCCUUUCCUAAUCAAGUAACAUAAAAAAUUGUUGCAUGUUAGGAGCUUGAUACCGUUUUUAUUUGCUCGUUUUGGAUACUUAUAUCACUCAUUUUCCGAAGGACUCACGGAAAAAAAAUGCCGUGAUGAUAUUAAGACUCGACAAAAAGGCAAUACCAUUCCCUUAACCCUUUGACU